GCUUUGCCUUAUAUUUUUUAGCCAUUGUAGUUUCAUAUAUGAUGAUGAUAAGGAGCACUUGCCUUUCAUAUGAGCUCAUUAAAUUUUCUUUUCUUUUUCACCCACAUUCGCAUUGAAUUCUUCUGCCUCGGCUCGUGACAAUUUUCCGAUCCAUUGCAGGCGUGGGGCAGGGAAGCAUUGAAGUGGUGUAGGAUAAAUAAGCUUCACUUGUUUAUUUUCCUUUUAACUUUCUGUAGGGACAAGAUUCUUUAAAUUAUGCAGACUCCUAAAGCAAGCAGAAAUGGAUCUUCGGAACUGCCACAAAGGGGCGCUCAUCGAGCUGUUCGUCAACUCAAACCAACCACAUUAGAGACCGAAGCUGUAUUGAACUCAAGUUCAACCAGUAGAACUUCAAAAGAGAAAAGUCCUAAAGUUGUUGAACGUCGUUCACCUAGAAGCCCGGCCGCUGAGAAGAAGCGCCUAAGCAGAAUAUCCGAAUUGGAAGAACAGAAUUCACAGCUUCAAGAAGAACUAAAGAAGGCAAAGGAUCAGCUAAGUUCGUCUGAAACAUCCAGGAAGCAAGUUGAGCAAGAUGCUGAAGAGUCCAAGAAGCAAUUGUUGGACUUGUCUGAGAAGCUCGAUGAGUCCCAAAAGCAGCUUCUCAAGCUAUCUGGUUCCGAGGAAACUCAUGUAGAUGAGCUCCAUAAGGUCUCACAAGAACAAGAUCAAGCAUGGCAGUCAGAGCUUGAAGCUAUACAGAGGCAGCAGUCUCUUGACUCAGCUGCUUUGGUCUCAGCAGUGAACGAGAUUCAACGACUUAAGGAUCAGCUUGAAAUGUCGGCUGAAUCCGAGGCUGCACAGACCAAGCGAGCAGAAUCAGCACAUUCGGAGCUCCAGAGCUUGAAAGGAAUCCUGGUCGAAACUCAUUCUCUUGUAGAGAACAUGAAAAAACAGUUGAAGGAUAGCCAGGAAUCGGAAGCUCAGACCCAAGCAUUCGCAAAUGAAACUCUGUUACAACUAGAAGCUGCGAAAAAGACUGUUGAAGCACUUAGGUCGGAAGGCAUGAAGGCCGUUGAAGCUUACAGCUCCAUUGCUUUUGAAUUAGAACAAUCGAGGAAACGUGUUUUUUCACUCGAAGGACUUGUUCACAAACUGAAGGCAGAAAUGAUUCGUGCUGGUGGCAGUCUCUCUACCGAGUUUGAUGUCAACUGUAUUGCUGCUGAGCAUCAAGCUGGAGAAAAUGAGAAACCCGCGGAAUCUCGCCAGCUUGAAGCAGAGAUUUUUUCUUUGAAGUCUGAGGUGGCACGUCUAACAUCUGCUCUCGAAACUGCUGAGACUAAAUGCCAUGCAGAAGAAACCCAAAGCACCGCAAAGAUAAAAAGUGCUCAUGAACUGGUUGAGCAGAUAAAAUCUGAAGCAAGCUCGAAAGAGGCCGAGCUGUUAGCUGAACUAGAGAAAGCAAACAAUGCUAUUGCUGACUUGAAGGCAAACAUGAUGGAUAAGGAAACUGAGUUGCAGUGUAUCUCAGAGGAAAAUGACGAACUUCGCAUGAAACUCGAUAAAAACCUGUCACGCCAACGAAAAUCAGAAAUUGAAAACCAGCUGAAGUUAUUGAAUGAAGCUAUUGUUAAUCUGAAGGCAAAUAUGAUGGAUAAGGAGACUGAACUUCAAAUAUCAGAGGAGAAUGAGAUGCUCAGGUUGGAAAUCAGUAAAAGGGACAUGGACAAAGGUAAAACAAAUGAUAAAGUGUCUACUGAGCUAGAUGAGGCAAGGGCUGCCGAGCGAGAAGCAAUUAUGAAGCUUGGGCUUGCAAUGGAGGAGUCUGAUAAGAAUAGCAGGAGAGUUGCCAGGGUGGCUGAACAGCUCGAGGCUGCUCAGACUGCCAAUUCCGAGAUGGAAGCAGAGCUGAGAAGGUUAAAGGUGCAAUCUGACCAGUGGCGCAAGGCUGCAGAAGCAGCUGCUGCAAUGUUUUCGGCAGGUAAUAAUGGGAGGUUCAUGGAGAGAACUGGUUCACUGGAUAACAAUUAUAAUCCAGUUAAGGGAAAGGUUAGCUCGCCUUACACCGAAGAUUCGGAUGACGAGUUGAUAAAGAAGAAAAACGGGAACAUGCUGAAGAAGAUUGGCGUGUUGUGGAAGAAGCCACAGAAAUAGGCAACCAAGAGGCAUGCCAAAUAUAUAUUUUAUCAAAAUUGCAUUGAUGCCAUGUUUUCUUAUCUUAAUAUCUCUAACUGAGGUUUCUCACAUUUGGACAGAGAUCAAGUACUCAAACCGUCUUUUUGUUGUGAUGUUCGUGAAAGUUUAGUUACGAACGUCUGAACACCGGUGGCGGCAUGUUUUCUUUUUCUUUUCCUUUUAUGUGGAUAUGUAAAAUGCGAGUGUCAUGGCCUCAACUUGUGCUUAUAGGAUCAGACAUUUUAUCUUUUAACAAUGUAAGUUUGGAUUUGGAUUCCAUGGUUUUUCUAUUAAGCUGCCUGCUUAAGUAUGGCCAUCUCUUUAUC